AUGUUACAAUUUGAUUCAUCUACAUUUAGAUUUGGACCACAAAGAUCAAUACUUGGUGCACAAACUAUAAGAUAUGAACAAUCAAGAGCUUUGGAAGACUAUUCAACGUAUACGGUCGUUAUUGGUGUUGGUCAUUUGACAUUUAAUGUAUUACAAUCAUUAUUGGAACAAUCAAUUGCUGGUAUUAUAGUGACUGUACCAUCAACCAAUAAUAUUGGGUCGUCGUCGACAUUGACUAUUGCAUCAUUGUCUAGGUUGACAAUCAAUGUACCAAUCUACUUUGUCGAGGAUGAGGAUAUAAAAGAGGAUUUGGUUGGUGGAGAUCUUAGAUUGGUCACUAGCGACAAGACACCAUCACCAACACCAAUCACCCAAUGGAAUGUAAUCAACUUUUCAGGUAGAUUGGUUGGACAAGUCGAACGAGGCGAUUCAAUCGUUCCACCAACGGUUGUCGUCGUUGCACACUAUGACACGUUUUCUAGACUCGCUCCUGCCUUUGUCUCUACCACUAUUAAUCGUCGUGAACAAAGUACUAGUGGAGUGGUUGCACUCUUGGAAUUGUCUCGUAUCUUUUCCAAACUCUAUUCAAGUGCUGACAAUCAACCAGCCUAUAAUAUCAUCUUUUUGUUAACGAGUGGUAGUGCUACCAAUUAUCAAGGUGCCGAACAAUGGUUAUCACAACAAUCACCUGUCGUCUCUGAAUCUAUUGAUUUGGUUGUUUGUAUAGAUUCGCUCAUUAGUGGACGUUCUAAUGAUGAACCGCUAUAUUUACAUGUAUCACGUCCACCAAAAGAUAAUACAACUAGACAACUAUACUCUGACUUUACAACAUCGGCAAGUGAUUUUGGAUUGGAAAUGAAUUUGGUUCAGAAAAAGAUUAAUAUUUCGUCGCCAGUCAUUUAUUGGGAACAUGAAGUAUUCUCGAGAAAGAGAAUCCCUGCAGUCACCGUGUCACAACGAAAACAACCAUUUGACCAAUCGACUGAACCACUCUUGCUCGUCGAUCAACCCAUCAACACUCGUUCACUCGCCACCAAUAUUCAAAUCAUCGCCAAGGCAAUCAUCAAUCAUAUCUAUGCAAAUGAAAAGAUUAGUAAAGAUAUCUUGGUAGCAGAGGACUCUGUCUUGUCUGUCAACGAGGCAUUUAUCGAUAGUUGGUCAAAUGCACUUUCAAGAGUAACUAGAUCUUUACCAUUUGUUGAUGUAGGUCAGAUUCAACCAGCAAUCGAAAAACUCUUAAAUACCUAUCUUUUAGAUGUUGUAGUUGAUUCUAGUAAAUCUGGGACGUCCUCUGGUUUGGUAUGUUAUCAACCAAUUCAAACAAUCUUGUCAUUUAGUAAUGUAAAGUCUUUUACUUUUGACAUUUUGGUUUUUGUUGGUUGUAUCGUCUAUUUGAUUGCUCUCUAUUUUGGUCUUUGUGGUAAAGAUCGUGCAUUCAAUGAAAUUAAAUCUUUCUUUUAA